UAACAAAAACUGUUAGCACGAUAAUGACAAUGACGGUGUUACUCCUCUCGAACGUCUGUUGAAUAGGAAUAGCUAAAGUUACUUAAAAUCCUUUAAAAUUACGAAAGUUUGUUCACCUAUGAAGCGGUCAAUCCUAGCUUGUGACGUACGUAUAAAGAACUCGGGCGAAGAAUCCAAACAAACAGGCGAUUGCUAUAGGUACAUAGUCCGAUAAGUCUACGGUUACAAAGGCGUUACCAUUUAGAGUAUUACCCUCAUUCCAGGAACCACCAUUUACGAUGUCGUCUCGAGUGCUGUUGCUGGGCUUGCUACUUUUUAAUAGCUAUUUUAUUGGGAUACAUGCUGUGGAUAGAGUGUACUACGUAGGAGCUGUCGAGGGGUAUUGGGACUAUGCACCGUCUGGUUCGAACAUAAUCACAGGAAAAAAUAUCAUUAAUGGAAGAAAACAAUUCACAUAUAAAGUAAAAAUUCAUGUUUGUGGUCCACAGCGCAUUGGUCGAGUUUACAAGAAAGCAUUUUACAAAGAGUUUACAGACAAGACCUUCACUACUCAGGUAAAGUCUCCGUCAUGGCUUGGAUUCACUGGGCCUAUAUUGAGGGGAGAGGUUGACGACGUCAUCGUGAUCCAUUUUAAGAACUUAGCAACGAAACCCUACACUAUGCAUCCUCAUGGAGUAUUCUAUGAAAAAUCAUCAGAAGGUGCAAUCUAUAAUGAUGGUACUGCUGGAGAAGAUAAGAAAGACGACAAGGUAGAACCAGGUGGAACUCACACAUACAAGUGGGAAGUACACCAGAGGACGGGACCUACAAAAGACGGUAGUAAUUGCAUCCCAUGGGUCUAUCACUCUCAUUAUGAGAGUGUCAGCGAAGAAGCGGCGGGGCUGGUUGGAACCAUCCUUGCGUGUCGAAAAGGAACGCUUACUAAAGAUGGUCGUUCGCGGCAAGAUAUCGAUAGAGAGUUUGUGCUUCUAUUUACUGUAACAGAUGAAAACCUGAGUGUGUACUUCGAUGAUAACUUCAAAGAAUUUGUUGAUGACGAAUCAGUCAAUAAAGAGGAUGAAAACUUCAUGCAAAGUAACAUGAUGGACAACAUUAAUGGCUAUAUGUACGGAAAUACGCCGGGUCUUGAUCUAUGUUACGGAGACACUGCCGACUGGCAUGUGAUGGUAUUUGGAACUGAGCAAGACAUACAUACACUGAACUUCAAUGGAAACUUUUUGGAAUUUAGAGGGCGCCGAGCUGACGGUCUUGGCGUUUCACCUGGAGCCAUGGUAACGGCAACUAUGUUUGCAUCUAAUCCUGGCACCUGGUUGGUAGACUCUGGCGUUACCACGCACUACACAGCUGGAUCUUUAGCACUGUACACGGUAAAUGAAAAUUGUGGUUUAAAGCAAACAAUUGAAAAACUGUCUGGCGUUGUCAGGAAAUAUUAUAUAUCUGCCGAGACGGUCGAGUGGAACUAUGCACCAUCCGGAGAGGAUAUGUAUAACGGCGGCAACUUAACGGACCCAGAAAAAGACAGUGCGCACUUUUUUGAACAAAGUAAUACUAGAAUCGGUGGCACAUACUACAAAACAAGAUAUUUUGCCUACACUGAUGAAAGCUUUACUAUGAAGAUCGAUCCAAAAUCGGGUGAAGAACACAUGGGCAUUCUAGGUCCUGCUAUUCGAGCCGAAGUUGGAGACACGAUAGAAGUGAUGUUUAAAAACAUGGCCUCCCAGCCGCUUAGUAUUCAUCCACAUGGAGUUUUCUACGACAAGCAGAAUGAGGGACAACUGUACGGCACCAAAUACAGCACAGAGUGCAGCAGUGUAACUACCAACAACACGUGUGCAUACUCAUGGACUGUUCCAGAAUAUGUGGGACCGACGGAAAAUGACGGCGAUUGCUUAUCUUGGAUGUAUUAUUCUGCCGUUGACAUUCAAAUGGACUUAUUUACUGGGCUAGUUGGGCCACUGGUGGUCUGCAGACCGGGAACGCUUGACGCCACUGGAAUGAAGAAUACAAAGGUUGAUCGAGAGUAUUUUCUAUUCUUUACAACAUUCGACGAGAAUUUAAGCCACCUUCUAGCAGAGAAUGUAGAAUUCUGCAAAGAGCCGGGUGCAGUUGAUUUAGACGAUCCAGAUUUCAUCUCCUCUAAUCAAAUGGCUUGUGAGUACUGUACAUUAAUGUUUUACUACCAUGAUUAUCAUAUUAUGUUAUAUUGUUUGCAUAUAUCUUAUAUAUUGCCUAAUUUUGAUAUUGAAUUGAAAGACCAUAGUGCCAGUUUUGCCUGUAUUUUUCAAAAGAACUUUCAUGUAAAUGGCGGGGUUUUUUGGUCUUGCGAUUCUAUUUAUACACUAACACAUUGUGCACACCGGGCUAGUCUUCCUACACUUCCUAAGUGUGGAGAUCUCAAUGGCCUAACAUUUCCAGAAUCAAACUAUUGUGCGGGUGAAACUAUUAUGUGGCAUCUUAUGGACCUUGGCAAAGAAACGGAUGAAAACACUGUCUAUUUCCACGGCCAUACGUUUUUUAAUGACGGUUCCCGCUCCGACACUGUAAUGUUGUUUCCUGGCCUUUAUAAGACAAUUACAAUGGAAACGUCUAAAAUAGGAAAGUGGGCGAUUGAAUCGCAAACGUACGACCACUUUAAAAACGGAAUGCAAGCCAUGUAUACUGUCAAUGACUGUCCGGAAUCUAACACCAUUAAGGUGGAAUUCACCGGCGUAGAUAGGGUCCACUAUAUCGCCGCCAUCGAACAGGAGUGGGACUAUGCCGAAGAUAUGUACGACGGGAUACACGACAUCAGUUUAGUUGAUUCCCGAAGUAAUGGGUACAUUUUUGUAAAUCGUGGAGAUACCUUUAUUGGACACAAAUACAAAAAGGCUAUAUUCAGAGAAUUUACGGAUAGUACUUUCACCACUGAGAUACCGAGAAACCCUGAUGGAAUUCAUCUUGGCAUUCUUGGUCCAAUUCUACGAAUGAAUGUUGGGGACAGGCUCAGGGUUGUUUUUAAAAAUCUAGCAAGUUUCCCCAGACGAUAUUCAUUCCAUGCACACGGAGCUUCUUACGACAAAACAACGGAAGGUGCAUUGUAUAACGACGGCUCUUACAGUAAAGGCGAUGGAAUCUUACCCGGUGAAUCGUAUACAUAUCAAUGGGUUGUUCCGAGUACAGCAGGACCUAGUGAAGAUGAAUCGACCUGCAAAACUUGGGCAUAUUACUCUAGCGUUGAUCCAGUCCGAGACAUCAAUUCUGGUUUGAUAGGUCCGCUUAUUAUCUGUAGGCCCGACACCAUAGCAAUAGACGGAAGCCGGAGUGAUGUUGAUAGAGAAUUUGCGGUGCUGUUUACUGUGAUGGAUGAAAAUAAAAGCUGGUAUCUUGAAGAAAACAUCAAUACAUACUGCUUCAAGCCGGAAGAAGUCGACGUAGAAGAUGGCGACUUCGAAGAGAGUAAUCUCAUGCAUGGUAUAAAUGGUCGCAUUUAUGGAAACCUUCGUGGCAUUGAAAUGACUGUCAAUCAACGAGUUGAUUGGUACAUUAUUGGCGUCGGUAAUGAGGUGGACGUGCAUUCUGUACAUUUUCACGGGCAGACUGCCAUAUACAAGCACGCGACCGUACAAAACGUUGAUGUUUUUGAGCUCUAUCCUGGUGUUUUCCAGACAAUGGAGAUGGUUGCUGAUGAUCCCGGUCAAUGGUUGUUACAUUGUCACGUGAAUGAUCAUUUAGCAGCAGGCAUGGAGACUACCUAUACAGUAUAUUACGAAAAUCCGAUAGCGGGGGAGGAGGAGUCUAAUAAACCAGUCGGAUUGAUAAUCUCGACUUCAAUUCUGGCCACUGCUUGUGUUAUCUUAGUUAUCUAUAUCGUCUUUAUGAGCCGUACAAGUAGAGAGAAUCAUAAGGAGAGUACCGUUUAUGUCAACAGGUCCAAUCCUAAAUUUUAAUGCAUGUAAAGCAAGGAUGGCAGUAUAUUAUAAGCUUUUCAUGAUCGAGAAGGAUAGAGACGAAUGCAGAAUAGUUGUAUCAGAAGUAUGAACCGACGUAGGUUGUUCAUAGUAGGCCUAACUUUAUCCUGAGAGUGUAUAGUGAUUAUCUGUAUACACACAUUAGACAAAAUGCGUGCGGCCAUCUGCCAUUAACAUAAUGCAUAUUUUCUAUCUUUUGAUGAUUAUAGUAGGCCUAUUUAAAUACAUUCUACUAAAGAUUCAGUAAACAGUAGUAUACGGUAUUUACUGUAUACAGAAUCGUCAUUUUAGCUCCUGUCGUUGUGGAAUGAUGUGAACAUGGUGUUACUAAGCACCACUCUACGGCUGCUACAGUAGUCACGAACCAUGUUUAAGCAACUUAGCGUAAUGACAUUUACAGUUACUUGUUAUUUUUGUACUUUUCAUAAUGUUGUGCAGUUACAGUUUUUUUAGUAAGAAUAUAAAUCAAGCAACUCACUAAGCAAAAACUCUACUUCCAACCGUUUUAUUGAAUAUCAUAAACGUCAAAAUGUAUUACAAUGACACCUACUCAAAACAAAUACUCACAAUUAGUAAACAAUUCAAAGAACAUCUUUAAGUUUCAUCAAAUAUUUUGAGGGAUGAUUAAAGAGCAUCAUAAAUAGUUAUCAAAAUAAUACACGAAGAUUAGUUUUAGCUCCCGAUACAUACUAAGCUAGUUGCCUUAUAUAUUAACACUUACAAUAAUCAUUAAAAACAAAAUUAUGUUGAUUAUAAUGUUUAACAUAAUAGUACUGGUUUUGAAACAAGUGGUGACUGAAAUUUAUAACACUCUGAUAAAAACAUAAGUUUUCUGAAUGCAAAUAAUAAAUGUUAUAAACAGAGAUCAUUCCAUUAUCAAUGAUUAUUGAUAAUUUUGUCAUAAAAAAUACAAAAUGUUCUUUAGAAUAUAAAGACGAGAUAUCUCAGUAUACCCAAAGAAUUGGGACAACAUCAAUUGCACAUACCUUGUUUUGGCAAGUUGAUGGGAUUAUCGUUGGUAAAGUCAUUCAGAAUAAAUUAGCAUAAUAACUCACAUAUAAAAACCGUCUUUUACAGUAAAAAUAUUGUUUCAAUGUUAGAAAUUUUGAUAGAAUGAUUAUCAAUUUUAGUGACUUACUUCUUAAUUACCAGCGCUCAUGCACAAAUUUUACGUUAUAAAAACGUUGCAGUUUGGUGUUCAAAGAUUUUAAAAACCAUGAAUACGUAUUUCUAAUGUAAUUUCUGACCAACUAAAUUUGCUGCAACGCUUGGUUACGUUAUUAUUCGACAUAAUCUAACCACACCUUUAACAAUGUUUAGUCAAUUAAGGCGUAAAGUGGGUCCACCCUAAAAUUGUCCCGAACUGUUUGAAAAUCUUGGCUACGGCAUUGAUGAGGUCAUAUACAUAUACAAACACAUACAGCUUCAUGAAAUAUAGGCCCUAUAGGAAAAAAUCUCCUUUUUGACUCAAUUGUCAAUCAUUUUCAACAGAUCAUUACCGAUAGAUUAUAUUUACUAGUUUUACUUUACCAGAGGAUGAACAAUUAUCAACUCUUCUGUAGUCAUUGUUUCAAAAUUACAUCGCCUUAAUCAAAUUAUGUGUUAUUGAUAUUUAGAUUAAUUUCAUGAAUUGUAAUAAUAAUAAUAAUAAUAAUAAUAAUUAAAUGAUAAUGACGAUGAAGAUAAUGAUGAUUAUACGUUUUGUGAGUCUAUUUAUAAAUAAAUGUGCAUAGGACUAGUUAAAACUGUAAACGAACUAAAGUAAUACAUAUAGAAUGAUAUGCGUAAAUGAAUGAUAUGUUGGCUUACCAAGAGUGGAAAAAUAUAUAUCUUAAACUUUCACCCUUUUUAAACUUUCGUGUCAACCACAAAUGAAUCGGAGUAUGUAGAGAAAUGACAAUUGCAUAGGCGGCGAUGAGUCUGAUUUCGAUAAUGUCAAGUAUUUCCAAUAAACACUUUAUUAUUUCCAA